AUGCGCGGCCUAGACGAAAGCACCGAGAUGCUGCUCCGCACCGGCCAAAAAGCCCAGGAACAAGUGCGCCAUGCAUGGGACGGGUUCAUCAACUUCGCAGCGCGAGACAACGUCCUCGAAGUUGCUUUGGGUUUGAUCAUAGCCAAUGCAUUCACGAAGGUCGUGACAUCUUUCGUCACUGACCUGGUUCUACCCAUCGUCUCUCUUCUGCCGUUUUUGAACAGAAACAUGGAUCAGAAAUUCGCUGUUCUGUCCAGGGGACCGAAUUAUGCCCGGGAGAAUGGGUAUAACACGCUCUUCCAGGCGAGAGAGGAUGGGGCGUUGGUCUUGGCUUAUGGAGUGUUCAUCGAGACCGUGCUCAAUUUCCUGGGUGUUAGUCUUACGCUGUACGCGGUUGGACAUUUGUAUAUGGUUCUUUUUCAUCAGAAGGUUAUCAAGCCGACCGUUCGGUGUCCAUAUUGCAUGCAGUACAUCGGCGAAGCGGUGCUUCGGUGUCGGCAUUGUUCGUCUUGGCAAGAUGGGAGGGAAGAUGGGCUGGAGAGUGAUAAAAGACGUGAGGAUGUGGGUGAUGGAGAGCCGAGUUUUGUUGGGGAGAACCCCUAG